GACCUUGGUUGUAGUUUGUGGUGAUUUCAAAUCAUCGCGUGGUUUAUUAUUUAUGGCAUCUAUAUCUCUUUUAAAUCCGAAAGCAGAGUUCGCAAAGGCUCAGCAUGCAUUCAGUAUCAAUUUGGCCGCUGCAAGAGGACUCUACGACGUUUUGAAAACCAAUCUUGGCCCUAAGGGGACCAUGAAAAUGCUUGUUUCAGGUGCAGGUGAUAUCAAGAUUACCAAAGACGGUAAUGUUCUUCUUCAUGAAAUGCAAAUACAACAUCCUACUGCAAGUUUGAUCGCGCGUGUAGCGACCGCUCAAGAUGAUAUGACAGGUGAUGGGACAACUUCAAAUGUCCUUCUGAUUGCUGAAUUACUGAAGCAGGCAGAUGUUCAUACUUCUGAAGGACUUCACCCGCGUUUGAUCACGGAAGGUUUCGAUAUCGCCGCAAACAAAUGUUUGGAUAUACUAUCCAAGUGUCGAAUCGAUUGCCCGUCAGAAAUGCCAGAUAGGAGCACACUCAUAUCAGUUGCAUCGACAUCCCUCAAUACAAAAGUCCAUUCUGAUUUGGCUAACCUCCUAACUGAGCAUGUUGUAGAUGCAGUAUUAUCAAUUCGGCGACCAAACGAACCUUUAGACUUGCAUCGGGUUGAACUGAUGCAAAUGCAACACAGAACCGAUAUGGAUACAACACUUGUUAAAGGGCUGGUAUUAGAUCAUGGAGGUAGACACCCAGACAUGCCUAAGCGUGUAACUAAUGCAUUUAUUUUGACUUGUAACGUCUCCUUCGAAUACGAAAAAACGUAAGUUAACUUUAUAUAUAUCAACAAUUAGUGAGGUGAAUUCCGGAUUCUUUUAUAAGACAGCAGAAGAAAGGGCAGCUCUUGUAAAAUCCGAACGAGAAUUUAUUGACUCAAGAGUUCAGAAAGUGAUCGCUCUGAAAAGAAAAGUAUGUGGUGAGGAUAGUAGUGGUGACAAACCUGGAUUCGUAAUAAUCAAUCAAAAAGGAAUUGAUCCAUUUUCGUUAGACGCCUUCGCUCGAGAGGGAAUACUUGCUCUACGUCGUGCUAAAAAACGUAAUAUGGAAAGAGUAACUCUUGCAUGUGGUGGAUAUGCGCUGAACUCAGUCGACGAAAUGACACCUGAUUGUCUUGGACAUGCUGGCCUUGUUUAUGAAUUUGUUUUGGGCGAAGAGAAAUAUACAUUUAUUGAAGAAUGCAAAAGUCCGCAAUCAGUAACUUUGUUGAUGCGUGGUCCUAAUAAACAUACACUCAACCAAAUCAAAGAUGCGGUUAAUGACGGGCUACGUGCUAUAAAGAACACAUUAGAAGAUGAGUGCGUUAUUCCAGGAGCAGGAGCUUUUGAAUUAGUUGCUUAUCGCGAGCUAUGCAAAUUUGCACAGUCUGUUAAGGGUCGUGCUCGUCUCGGUGUUCAAGCAUUUGCAGAUGCGUUGCUUGUUAUUCCAAAAGUCUUAGCUAGGAAUGCCGGUCAUGAUGCUCAGGAAACAAUGGUGAAAUUGCAUGAAGAAGCGACUAAGGUGGAUAAUCGCUGCAACAAUAUUAUCCCCACACAGCUUGUAGGAAUUGAUCUUACUACAGGGGAAGCGAUGAUCCCUGCUCAAGUUGGGGUUUAUGACAACUUUAUUGUGAAAAAGCAAAUAAUUAAUUCCUGUUCUGUCAUUGCCUCCAACAUAUUGCUUGUUGACGAGAUAAUGCGAGCCGGAAUGAGUUCUCUCAAAUGUUAAAUUCUUGCGUUUGUGAAUUAAUUAAAUAUAUUUGUUUAUGUGUCU